GACCUGGUGUCGAACAUUGGCGACAAGUCGGAGAAAGGCCGCAUGAACCCGAACGAAGCGUUCGUUGCCGGGACGCUUGACCCGUCUAGCUUCGACUACUCAGUGCAGUGGUCGCGCGACGAGAGCGAGAUCCUCAGCACGCUUCUGCUCCCGCGCAGCGACUCGUCCCCGGAAGCGGCGACGCCGGCCCACCCCGCGCGCCUCAAGCACAACCUCGCGCUGCAGGAGUACCGCAAGCGGAAGCGCAACGAGAUGCAGCAGCUGCGGCAAGCGGCGGCCGAGCUCGAGGACAGGCUGCGGCAGCUGCAGAAAGCCAAGGCCAAGAAGGACUUGCUGCGGCCGCCAAGUAAGUGGCAGCAGCUCGCAGUGAGCGAGCGCCAAAUGGAAAAGGCGGCGCGGACCGAGAACCAGCAGCUACGCGAGCUCGUCCAGAACCACAUGAUAACGGCGCAGAUCUUUGCCAACGUGCUCGAGAAGACGUACGACCAGACGCAGUCCAUUGCGUUCCUCGAUGCCCCCGAAGACAAGUGGAAGCAGCUCGUCCUCGUGGUCGAACCGACUCUGCGGACGCUCGCCAUGCACCAGAUCCUCGACCGUGAGCACCUCCGUUUCCACUCGGCCUACAUUGAGGCCGGCCUCAUCGACGUCAACGACGAGUUUCAAAAGCAUAUCGCCAAGUUCCACCACCACAGCGCCCACGAGUUCCAUACGAUCGUGCAUCGGCGGACGCGUCUCCAGCUGCGCUGCGUCGUCGAAGGCACGUGGAACGUCAUCCGCGGCACGGCCGGCGGCAUCCCCAACAUGAACCGGUCGUGCAAAGAGCUCAUCGACAUUGACGCUGACACGUCGUACGUCACGGGGUGGUUUGACCACCCGCUGGGAAAAUUCCAGCGACGCGUGCUCUGCAAGCGCUACUACGACACGCAGGACGCAAAGACAGCCACCAAGUGCAUCAUCGUAUGUCGAAGCAUCGGCGAUGACGAGCAGUCGCCGUACGAUCCGUCGACGCCGUACUCGAAUGAAGUGUCGUGGCACCUGCUUGAAGCCAACGACGACGGCGCCGACUUCAAGUACUUUCAGAAAUUCCGGCCAUCGCAGUGGACGACGACGCUGACGGCGCACUGGGAGAAGACACUGGAGCAGGCGUCGCACAUGAUGCGCCGCGCAGUGAACCAGUACAUUGACGAGUAUGGCAGGGCACAAGGCCACGCCCAACCCGAAAUUUGCGACGACAUCAAGCCGUAGAAGAAAUGACCUUCAUGAAGCUUCACGUCGGACUGUACACGUGACGAAAUCUAGCAAUAUUUUAACGCACAGUGAUCCCGCAAGCUUUGCCAGGCGCCAA